AUGAAGAAGUGUUUGGAAAAAGGAGUGAGAAAAUGGAAGGGAUUUGCGGCUUGUAGAAACCAUUUAGGGUGGAGAUGUGGAAGAGAAUAUGUUGGUGAACCAGAGGAAGUGUUUGGAGAAGCGGACAAGGCUAAGAAAACCGUGAAAGCCACGAGGACAAGUAUGGAAGCGUACGGAAAAGCCAUUGUUUUUCUGGUUUUGAGAAUGAAUGAGAGACUCGAGGUUUGUAGAGAGGUUGCCAUUAGAGAUUGGAAGUAUGUGUUUGUGUCCCUAUUGUUUUGGUGGAAGAAGAAAGUAGACACCAUGAAAUUUCCCACUAGGAUGGAGAGGUUUGUGUGGAGAGAGAGGCUUUGGCAUGUGUUUGGGUGA